AUGUCAAAAUCAUCUAUGAUAUCAUUCAUCGCCAACGAGAAUCAAUUUUUAGCUCUGCGAAAUACCUUACUACCUAAACUCACUGUCAAAGAACGAGAAACACAACAUAGAAUUGCAGCUGUUUCAUUUCAUGAAGAGAUUGACAAUCACAAUACUGAAGAAAAAACAACAACGACCACUACAAUUUCAAAACAAAAUAAACAAAAUAAAUUCGUAAACACUCUUUUUCUUCAUUAUACACAUGAAAAACGACUACAUAGUCUGAAACAUGACAUACAUAAUAUUUAUUCAGAAAUAUUUCAAGAUACACUAGCAAUAAAUCUUCGACUAAUUGUUGGGCAUCGAAAUCAUCGUAACACUGGACAUGAGCUAGUACAAAAAAGACCACAUCCAACAAUGUUAAAACCAACCCCACUUCCAAGUAAGAAUUUUCUUGUUUAUCCAAAACUUUCUUAA